UAUAUUAAUAUUUUUUACUUCUCUAUAUACAUUUGUAUUGAACUCAAAACAUAUUUAACAUAAUUUAGACCAACAAAAGUAUGGAUAAGAUCUUGAUGUUUCCUCGAGAAUUCAAACAAUUGACCGUUCAGUUUGGUCGUUGGUGGUCAAUAUUUUAAAGGAAGCGCCACUUACCAAUGCCUUCAUUGUCAUUGAGACACCAUCUAAUGGCGAAGAGGCUCAGACCCACCCCACCCUCCACUCCCUCCGCCAAGCCAUCGCCAUCGCCAUCGCCACCGUCAUUGCCGCCGUCUCCUCCGACCCCUCAACUCUUCCAUUCAAAGCCCACCACCGUGUCCCUCCGCCACUCAUCCAACGAUCGAAGCAAAACCCUAACCCACCUCGUAUCCCCCGCAUCCGCAUCAUCCUCCAACUGGGUCUCUCUAAAUCUCACCAGAUCAGACCUCUCUUUGCCUCUCACUUUCCCCACCGGCCAAACCUUCCGCUGGAAACAAACCAGCCCCCUUCACUUCACCGGCGUUGUUGGGCCUCAUCUUAUCUCUCUCACCCAUCUCCCAAAUGGCGACGUUUCAUAUUGCCUUCACUUUUGUUCUACAUCCUCCUCCUCCUCCGCCGCCGCCGCCGCCAGAUUGGCCUUGCUUGAUUUCCUUAACGCCGGUAUCUCCCUAAGAGCCAUUUGGGAGGUCUUCUCGGCGGCUGAUCCAAGAUUCGAUGUCUUGUCUUGCCAUUUGGAGGGGGCUCGAGUUCUCAGGCAAGACCCACUCGAGUGUUUGAUUCAGUUUUUGUGUUCUUCAAAUAACAAUAUUGGAAGAAUCACCAAAAUGGUGGAUUACAUCUCAUCACUUGGGAAUCAUUUGGGUAAUAUUGGAGGCUUUGAUUUCCAUGAAUUCCCCUCUUUGGAGAGGCUAUCCUUGGUCUCUGAGGCUGAGCUUAGAGAGGCAGGCUUUGGUUACAGGGCUAAAUACAUAAUUGGCACUGUGAAAGAACUAAAAGGCAAACCUGGGGGAGGUGCAGAAUGGCUUCUGUCUCUUCGUGAUUUGGAUCUCGACGAAGUGAUUGAAGCCCUUACAGCUUUACCGGGCGUGGGUCCAAAGGUAGCAGCUUGUGUUGCUCUCUUCUCUCUCGAUCAGCACCACGCCAUUCCUGUUGACACACACGUCUGGCAGAUAGCUACUAGGUACCUUGUCCCUGAGCUUGCUGGUGCCCGUCUAACGCCAAAGCUGUGCAAUCGUGUGGCUGAGGCAUUUGUCAGCAAGUAUGGAAAAUAUGCUGGUUGGGCUCAAACUCUGCUCUUCGUCGCUGAUUUACCUCAACAGAAGGCCCUCUUACCUGCAAGUCUUGAGUAUACCAAAAGGAAAAAAUCUACAAAGGAGCAGAUAGAAAAGGCACAUACUGGUAAAUAUAGAUCAAUGUGAAUAGGUAUAUUAAGUUGGUCUCAGGCUUUUGACAUUAAUGUUAAUUCCGAUUUCUUGUAGAGCAAGAUCCAUAGGUGUUGGCAUAGCUCUUGAAAUUCGUUCGGGUUUGCUUUGGCUCGUUGACAUAUUCUCCUGGAGGAAGAAUUCAAAAUGUAAUCCCCAUGUUUGGGGAAGUCCUACAUUCCAGCCUUCUACUAAUUGUGAUCUAGUUAAAGAAGAUGAAUUUUCUGUGACUAGAGAACUGUGGUUUCAUUUCAUUGACAUGAAUCAAUUAAUAAUUGAAGUAUUGCAUGAUUGUUUCUAGGACUCCUAAAAGAAUGAAAUAAGCUGUGGUCAUGGAGAUGAUUAUUGCUAAAGCUAUGUAUCUAUUGAAAGCUACUGUGAAUUAUCUUGCCAUGUGCUUCAUUCAUGCUAGACAUCUUCCAUCAUUUAUGUGCAUUGUGCAUCAACCAACAGUGUUUUGGUGACAAAUGGACAUGGAUCGCCUCUAAAGUUCCGAUUCGAGAUUGGAAUCACGCAUUUAGCCCUCCCCAGACACGCCUGAAACAUCACAAAGCUUUCAUGAAAUUACUCACAUGUUCUACAAUGGCUCUGGAGUUUGGCGAGUGACACAUUCCAACAGCGUAGCUUUGACAGUCACCAGACGGUGUCCCAAAGCUUGCAAAUAAGAUGUUGGAGAUGUUCUUGUUAGUAGGGCAGCUUAAUCGGACCUUAGGCCUUCUGCUUUUGUUCUUUGUUCUACUUGCCCUCUGUUUCUUUGCACUCAUCCAUGAAGCUACUAGAGGAUAAUGUGAUUCAGACACUUGCCCACAUGUUUUGCUAAUUGAAACAGAAUCCAAAGAUAUCCCAACUGGGUUUCCUGUU